UCUGCAUAAUAUUAACAUGUUAUUACCAGAGGUGUUUUAGAUAUUGAUCCUGUAUUCGGUGGUAGUUAAACUCACUCCCCCACCUCACAGGUCCAUACCUGCUUUUCUAAUUUAAUAAGACAAGUGACAGGAAAUUUUGCAAAAAUGCCCAAGAGGAAGUCACCCGAGGGAGCAGAGGCCAAAGACGCCACCAAAGUUACAAAGCAGGAGCCCACUCGGAGGUCAGAGCGUCUCUCCUCAAAACCAGCUCCUCCUAAACCUGAACCAAAAGCCAAAAAGCCAGCUGCCAAGAAGCCAUCCAAUGACAAAGCGGUAAAGGAAAAGAAGGGCGGAGCCAAAGGAAAGAAAGAGGAGAAAGAAUCUGCGCUCACUGCAAAUGGAGAGACCAAGCCAGAGGAGGAAACUGAGCCCAAGACCGAGGCUGAGGCGAAAGAGUGAUUGAAGUUGUUUUCUGGAAUAACAAAGAACAUUUUUUAUUCCUAUUGAGUAUUUUGUAAAAUGCAAACUUUUUUAGACUUACCGUACUAGAUUUCCUUAGCUAAAAGUCGACUCACACUCCCCGCUGAAGCACCGUACCUGUCUCCUUUUCUUUCAUCUGACAGAAAGAUAGAUUCAUUUCAAGGAAAAGCAACAGUUAUUCUUGAAAAUUUCACCAGCAGCUUGCCUGCCAAAUGCAACCACUUGGAACAUGUCACAUCCUACAUGUUAAAAGCAACCAGUUCCUCUUUUGCCACCAGAGCGCAUAUCCUUAGCUCCAUAAUAUAUAUAUGGUUACUAAGGUGCAAAUCUUGGCUGUGUAUUGUCUUUGAGUCUUGUUAUUUAAUUGGUUUAAUAUCAUAAAAAGUGAGAGAUACAGAAAGAGGGAGCAAAUAGGGACGAGAGAUUUAAAUAGUAACCCUUUGCUUUUUUUUAUCUCCUUUGUAGCAUUUUGAAAUUCAAGUGUGUUCUUUUAAAAUUGCUGAAUUAAACAUGACCCUUAACAGUGGCAGAAAUCCAUAGCAAUAAACAAGUGGUGCUUUGUGCUAGAAGGUUAGGAAAACUCUACAUGAACUGAAUCUCAGAAAGAUGUACAAGUCCACAGAACCGGUUUGAGAUACUCUCUGUAAAAUGUUUUCAAAUAAAAGAUGAAUAAACGGUCAA